AAAAUCUUUGCCGUUGGUACUAGUCAAUAUUCACCAGCUCAAGACAAAUAAUCAGAUGAAAUGUUUCCAAAUAAAGCCGUUGUGACAUGUGUAUUAUUGUGGACAUUACAUGGUGAAGGGUUUCAGCUUCUGAAUGUCACCCAUGGAGAGAGCGUUCAUCUAAAUUGUACUGACCUGCACUGGAGUGAUAUCAAUUUUGAAACUUGGAGUAUCACUAAGAAAACAGGCCAUCAGUGUAUAGUUGCAAUACUGUGGAACCAGAAUAAAACAAAUACUUGCAAAAGACACAUAAGCAUUGAAACCUCUAUGGAUGGGAAGCCUUUUUUAAACAUAUCGUUUUUCACGAGAAUAGACGAAGGAAACUAUAAAUGUGAGACCAUAUACCAUGGUGGGUUCCAAACUAAUCAUUUUCGCUUAACUGCAACAGAAACAAGGCAUGUGCAAGCACACGUCGGAAAAGACUUGACUUUAAGCUGCUCAGACCGAAACUGGACAGAAAUAAGUUCUGAAACCUGGAAAACGAGCAGUUGGAAUGGCUCAGAAUGUGUGCUCAUUUUUCAAAAAGAGUCUCCUGACUUGAAAAACUCGUGUGCAGAUGAAAGAAUACAGCUUCAGACGACAAGGGAGAAUAAAAUACUUCUUCAUAUAUCACAAUUUACUUCACUGGAUGAGGGAGUUUAUAUUUGUGAGUCUGCAUACAAUGGAUGGAUGGACAAAAUUCAAUUUGCAGUGUCUGUAGUAGAAUCAGACCCCCAAGAUGAGAUACCAGUGAAAUGGAUUGUUCUCUGCAUUUUUAUUGCAUGUUUUCUGAUAACAUUUGUUUUUCUUAUUUUGUUCUUAACAAGGAGAUCAUAUUGCUGACUGUAGGAUGGAUUACAAUAGAUUCUGGGCUCCAAGGAUGCCUUACUUGUAUUUUUUUUUACUUUUUCACUAAUGUAAAAUGAACACUAAAACUUAAUAACUUUAAAAAUUCUGUGUAAAAGGGCAAAACAAGCUGCAAUGUUUAAGUAUAUGUUCUAUUAAAACUCAUUAAACUAUAAAAACAUAGUUUUGGAGCUUAUUAACUUUUUUCUUCUGUUUCCUUAAUCUUAUUAAUUUAAUUUUAGAGGAGUGGCAGAUCGCUCAAAACCUUUCUAGUCAAGAUCACAAAUAAAGCAAGAAUGAACCUUCGACAAAGCACCAGACCCUAAUAGUGCCCACACCCACUCAUGCUGGCUCAAGUUACAGUAAUUAAUCAAUCUAAACUCUGUGUUUUGGGACACGUCUUUAGUAAUUGUAGUGCUGUCUUUGGGUGCUCAGGAAUUCACCAGAUUCUCACUUAAGCAAGACCCUACACAUUUUUUGUCUUCUUAGAGUUCUUAGAAUUCCCCCUUAAUAAAAUUUUUAACAUCCAGUUUAUAGGACCUGCGACAGUGACCGAAUACCUACUUCAAAAGUGAAAUUUCAAAGUCUAUACUCUUGUGCACUAUACAGUCAUGCACAAAGUUGCA